AUGGCCGUGCUGCUCUUCCCUGUGCAGCUGCUGGCAGUGGCUGUCAUCAUUUGCCUAGAGCUGGUGAGGUCUGCUGAAGGUGGUGUCUACUAUGGGAUCAAGCAGCUGCCACCCCAGGUACCCCAGUAUCAACCCCUCGGACAACAAGUACCUCACAUUCCACUUGGCAAAGAAGGCAUCCCAAUGCAGCUGGAUGGGAAAGAGUACCCCCAUCUGCCUCAGUACAUGAAGGAGGUUCCACAGAUGCCUCUGCUUGGCAAGGACAUGGCUCCCAAGAAAGAGAAAGAAAUACCCAUGCGCAACCUUAGGGGUGAGCAAGGUCCCCCUGGUGAGCCUGGACCAAGAGGGCCACCAGGACCACCAGGAUUACCGGGUCACGGUGUGCCAGGAGCCAAAGGAAAACCAGGCCCACAAGGAUAUCCAGGAAUUGGGAAGCCGGGUUUGCCAGGGAUGCCGGGAAAACCAGGGGUCAUGGGGCCCCCAGGGCCAAGAGGGGAGAUGGGUCCGAAAGGGGAGAUUGGGCCCAUGGGGAUACCUGGGCCACAAGGACCACCAGGUCCUCACGGGCUUCCUGGCAUAGGAAAAGCGGGUGCUCCGGGGGUGCAGGGGCAGCCAGGGCCAAAGGGUGAGCCUGGGAUGAAGGGGCCCCCAGGAGCCCCUGGCAUCCCAGGGCCAAAAGGGGAGAAGGGCAUUGGAAUACCGGGUUUGCCAGGGUUGAAGGGUCCCCCGGGGCUGCCUGGCCCCCCCGGCCCUGUGGGGCUGCCAGGGGUUGGCAAGCCCGGCAUGGUUGGCUUCCCUGGCCCUCAGGGACCCCUGGGCAAACCCGGACCCCCAGGAGAGCUGGGGCUGCAGGGACCCCCAGGGGCCCCCGGGAUCCAAGGCCCUCCUGGCCUGCCUGGUGUUGGCAAACCUGGCCAGGAUGGCAUCCCUGGCCAGCCAGGCUUCCCAGGAGGCAAAGGUGAGCAGGGCCUACCAGGCCUGCCAGGGCCCCCUGGGCUCCCUGGGAUUGGGAAGCCAGGCUUUCCUGGGCCCAAGGGUGAGCGUGGUGUGGGUGGUCUGCCUGGCCCCCUGGGGCUGAGGGGGGAGAAAGGGCAUGCAGGGCCACCUGGCAUGGGGGGGCCGCCAGGGGAGCCAGGACAGCCAGGACUGCCAGGCAUCAUGGGUCCUCCAGGGGCCGCCGGCUUCCCAGGACCCAAAGGAGAAGGUGGCGCUGUGGGGCCACCAGGACCAGUUGGCCCCAAGGGUGAACCUGGCCUCCAGGGGUUUCCGGGGAAGCCAGGCUUUCCUGGGGAAGUGGGGACACCCGGGCUGCGGGGACUGCCAGGCCCCACAGGACCCAAGGGAGAAGCAGGGCACAAAGGCUUACCGGGGCUGCCAGGUGUCCCAGGACUCAUGGGGCCAAAGGGUGAGCCGGGGCUCCCUGGCGCUCAGGGGCUUCAGGGCCCCUCAGGCAUCCCUGGCAUCGCAGGACCCAGUGGUCCCAUUGGCCCCCCAGGACUGCCAGGGGCAAAGGGGGAACCUGGCCUGCCUGGACCCCCUGGCUUCCCUGGCAUGGGCAAACCGGGGGCUGCAGGGCUGCAGGGACCCCCAGGGAAGCCUGGGGCGCUUGGUCCCCCUGGCCAGCCAGGCCUCCAAGGGCCACCUGGCCCCCCUGGGCCCCCAGGUCCCCCAGUGAUCAUCCCACCCACUCCACCACCCAUUGGACAGUACCUGCCUGAGGUUGGACCAGGGAUAGAUGGUGUCAAGCCCCCCUAUGGCUACAUGGGCAAGAAAGGCAAGGCUGGUGGCAUCUUUGAGAUGCCCGCAUUCACAGCGGAGCUCCUCACCCCCUUCCCCCGGGUCGGGGUGCCUGUGAAGUUUGACAAGCUCCUCUACAAUGGCCGGCAGAACUACAACCCCCAGACAGGGAUCUUCACCUGCGAGAUCCCUGGCAUCUACUACUUCACCUACCAUGUCCACUGUAAAGGGGCCAGUGUCUGGGUGGCGUUGUUCAAGAACAAUGAGCCACUGAUGUACACCUAUGAUGAGUACAAGAAGGGUUUCCUGGACCAGGCUUCAGGCAGCGCUGUUGUCCAGCUGAUGCAUGGAGACAAGGUUUACGUUCAAAUGCCGUCCGAGCAGGCGGCAGGACUCUAUGCUGGGCAGUACGUUCAUUCAUCUUUUUCAGGAUAUUUAUUGUAUCCCAUGUAAAACAAAAAUCAGACACCCCCACACACAUACACAGAAAAUCAAAACCUUUCUUCUCUGCUUCAAACUUCCAUACCAUGAAAGAUGCAUUUUAUGACUAUUGUGGAUCAUCUUGUACAAAAAAAAAAUAAAUACAAGUUUAACAUUAUGCACAGCUAGUUAUAAAAAAAAGUGUGCUGAACAUAAAGAUGUGUAUCAGAUUCAUAAACAGUUGUUUUGCACCCAAGAGGGACAUAUUAGCUGUACAUUAUAUAUUUCUUUGAUGCCAUGCUUACUUCAUUUCAUUCACAAUAAGUCAGUAGUAAGGUUCAAAUCAGUGUGCAUCACUCACUCCUGUUGCAUAUUUGACUGUUGCAUUGAUCAUAGUUAUGAGAUGAAAACCAGCGACUUAAACCAGAGUAGGUCAGGCUCAAACUAUAUGAAAAAAUUCGAGUGGCCUUUUAUUUGUUUGGG